AUGGAUGAAAAUAUUUUAGAAGAUGAUUUUAUUGAAUUCAUGGACCACAUUGACGAUGACCUUUUUGAAAAUCGGGCACAUAGGCCAAACGAUCACAUCCCUACGAAUCCUUUUGAAGUGUAUGAUGACAAUGAAUUUAUAAAUAGGUUUAGAUUUACAAAACAGGUCGUUAGGGAGAAAAUUAUUCCCCUAAUUUAUGGAAAUAGGCAGAACGCUACAAACAGGGGAUUGCCUAUUUCUCCAGAAAUAAAAGUCGCCACUGCAUUAAGAUUUUAUGCCACUGGUAGCUAUCAGACUGUUUGCGGAGAUCUUGUUAACAUAAGCCAGCCAACUGUUAGUAGAAUAGUUCAAGAGGUGUCAGAACUUUUGGCUAGAAAUAUCCCCAGACUGGUGCAUUUCCCAAGAAAUGAGGCUCAGAAAAAUCUGGUCAAAGCUGAUUUUUUAGGAAUAGCUGGAUUUCCAAAUGUACUGGGUUGUGUUGAUGGAACUCAGAUUCCAAUUAUAAGUCCAGGUGGCCAGAAUGCAGAGGUAUAUAGAAAUAGAAAAGGAUUCAUGUCCAUCAAUGUGCAACUCGUCGCUGGCCCGCAGCUGCAGAUCUUUGAUGCAGUGAUUCGCUGGCCUGGGUCAACACAUGACUCGAGGAUAUUCAGCAACAGCAGCCUUAGGUGGCGUUUUGAAAAUCCCCGGGGCGACCUGAAGAACUCCUUUCUUCUAGGGGACAGUGGUUAUGCCCAAACAAAAUACAUGUACACUCCUGUUUUGGACCCUCAAACUGCUGCUGAACAAAGAUACAACAGGGCUCAAAUUUCUACUAGAAAUACAGUAGAAAGAACCAUUGGGGUACUUAAGAGGCGCUUUCCAUGUAUGUUAUACGAGUUGAGGAACAAGCUUGAGACAACAACAAGAAUCAUAGCUGCCUGCAUUGUGCUCCACAACAUUGGGAGGCAGUGGGACCCAAGAGAUUUUGGGAACGAAGAUGUACAACUGAUUCCCAACAACUGGCAAAAUUUUGUUGUUGAUGUCGAAGAAAGAGUUCGGGAUAAUGAGAGAGGCCGUUUAAUUAAAGAGCUGUUCAUCCACCGCCAUUUCUCAAAUAGGCGCAAUGAGGAGUAA